UUUAUAAUUAUUCCAAGGAUUAAAUAUUUGUUUUUAUGCUUUACUUCAUCUCAAGCCAAAAAAAACUAAGAAUGAAUGUGUUUCACUACAUCGUUUUUGGAUGUGUCUUCACUGCUUCUGUUCUAAUGGGCCGAACUGUAAUACGAGCCAUUUCGACCCACAGUGAUGAGACGCUGCCUGACAAUUACAUAGGGUUUGACUCAGUCCCUGACAAAGUGGUAGAUGACUCAGUGGUCCGUGUACGGUAUCGAUGCUCCAGGCCAUGUCGGCUCGCAGUGGAAGUGGUGGUGUCCACAUUAAGGAAGACAGAUUUAGUGGUCUUCAGGAGGAAAUGGAUCAGCAGCACGUCCCAAGUCUACAGGAUCCACCAGGUGCUGCUCAGAUUGCCUCCGUCCAUUUCAUAUCAACGUGACUUUUUCAACAGGAACAUUUUGGACACGCAGAAUGUGACAGUUCGUGCUUGGCUGGACUGUUUUAAAAAUGGCAGUUUACUCAGCACAUACCACAGCUCCAUGUUGAGGAUUUACAAAGUGCUAAAGAUAAUGCCACUCUCUGAGCGGCCAAGUAAACCUCCUGCUGGUUGCCCGUCAUGGUCUGCUCAACUGAUGUGGCAAAUGACCAGCAACAGAAUCCAUCAGUGUCCGCAUGAGUCAGAUGUAAUCGAUGUGUUGAAGUUCCCUUUGGCAAGUACUGGUGAGCACUUUGGAUUGGUCCACAGGUUCCAGCCUUUCACCAACAGAGCCUUAGAGAGAACCCGUCUCCAUGCUGUGACAAAGCCAAGCGUCACCUUAUCUGUGUGGAUCUACCUACUGAAAUGGUGUCACCAGAAGCUCUGCGGGAUCAUCCAUCAUGUUGAUAGGAAAAUUUUAUACGACUCCGUUCUGAUACAGCUUACAGACACAGGGGACGUCGUAAUUCAGGCACGAGUGACGACGGGGGAAGAUGAAGCUUUCCAAGCCGGUGUAGUGUUGCCCCGGUGGAAAUGGAUUAGAUUAGACUGUUACAUACAGGACUCGAAGGUGCUGCUGGCUGCAACAUGGGAUGAUGACACCCACAGAUCUGAUUAUGAGUUUCAGGCCAGUAUCCAUUAUGAUGACACAGAUGGAUACUUUGUGAUUGGAGGAAGCAGAUACAUGCCCGGCAUACAUGGGUAUUUUGGGCCUUUAAAAUACUACCGUUUUGGAACCAAUGAGAUAAAAAAUCCACUUCACCCACAAUCAACGUUUAAUGAACUGGAGAGGGCUCAUCGGGAAUGUUGUGAAAUAAGAGCAUUUACAAAAGCUUUUCUACAGGAAGCAACUGAGAGUCACCCUCUGUCACCAGCCAACAAAGGUGUCUGUACUUUUGACUUCUUACAACUGCGGGGUCAGUUCAAAAAGAAAAAGAAAACUUGCACACAAACAUGGACGCUGGAAAAACAACUAAAAUACAGCACACUCUUUCAUUUCCUGCAAGCAAAAGAGGAGGAGAUCAGGACAGGAUCUUUGGCUAUGAAACACCUCAGAAAGACUUUGUUCGAGGAGGCAGUUGGCACAAUGUUCCCUGUGGAUAAGUCUCAAAUGAAAAUCACAUCCAAAUCAGUUUCUCUACUAAAAGUAUCCUCCUGCUUUGGAAAUCACAAAGCAUCCCUUUUGUUGGCGACCAUCCACCUUUCCGGCCUGGGACACCCAGUCAAUCAACAGCAGGGUCAUGUCUAUAGCUUGAUUGGUGCCUCUGGUGAUGACCGCUUUGCCCUGAUGCAUGCAGGGUACAAACACACACAGGGAAUUGAUGGAUUUCCUAAAGACAUUGACAUGGCCUAUAGCUACUAUUCCAAUGUCGGGGCACAGAGCAACACUGACAUUUCACACGUACAUGAAAAUAAGCAAUACGCACUUGAACGGAUCUAUAUAAACAAUGAGGAGGAUUUAAAAACCCUGAUGCAUGAGACAAGUGACGUCCUCCAGUAUAUAAAAUAUCAAGCAGAGAGAGGAGACAUAGCAUCUCAGAAACGCUUGGGAACAAUGCUGUACUGGGGACAAAAUGGACUCUCAAAAGACGUAGCAGGUGCCGUGAAGUGGUUUAAGCGAAGUGCCAUGCAAAUGAAGGAUCCCUCUGCCAUGUACGACUACUCCAUCCUCCUGAUGAAGGGCCAGGGAGUGAAAAGAAACUACACCAGAGGUUUUCAGCUGCUGAAAAAAGCGGCGGCAAUGGGCUCAAUUAACGCCUUGAAUGGUUUAGGCUGGUACCAUGGGAUCGUUCUGAAUGACCACAAAAAUGCAGUGAAAUACUUUGAACAGGCUGCUUUGAAUGGCAGUGAAGAUGGGAUGUUCAACCUGGGAAUUUAUCAUCUCAAUGGGAAAAAUCUGGACAGACCCCGCAGGAAUGAGAGUGCUGCAUUCCAACAGUUUCUGAAUGCGUCUCGGUUUGGCCAUGUAGCUGCAUCAGUGGAGGCUGCGUGGUACCUUUCGACAGGAAGCCUGGAAGGGGUGUCUCAGGAUGUGGAGAGGGCUGUGAUAAUGCUAAAAAAGGUCUGUGAGCAGAAUGGACACCUUGGAUUUAUGAUCAGAGAGGCUCUUCAGGCCUACCUCCAGGGCGCUCGGCAGGAUGCAUUUGUGAAGUAUGUCCUGGCAGCUGAAACUGGUCUGGGUUUGGCCCAGAGCAACGCUGCACACCUGUGUGAGGAACUGAACUACAGAUAUGAUUGUCAGUGGAGAUAUCAUAACUACUCUAUAUUAAACCAUGAUCCCCAUCCAUCCGCUCUGCUGAAAAUGGGAGACUACUACUACUACUACUCUUCCUCCAGUACACGAGAGGAGUCAUUAUCCUUGGCUGAGCAGGCCAUAUCAAUGUAUGGCAGAGCGGCUCUAGCAGGCAGCCCUCAGGGAAUGUACAACUUGGUUGUUUUGGCACAACAAGGACACAGUCUUCCUCCGAGCAUCCACGGCUUGUUUAAUGUGUCGCAUUGUGAUGAGCUGGAUACUGUGAUGGAGAAGAUCUUGAAAAGAUGUGUGGAGACUGAGGCUGAAGAGGCAGUAACGCCCUGUUCUUUAGCUCUGCUCAGACUCCAGAUGGGAAAAGCCUUGAGGAGAAUGACUCAGAACGGUGCACAGCUCCUCUUGGCAUAUGCAUCUGUUCUUUCGGUCUGUGUCUUCGUUGUCUUUGUGGUGUUGCAGGGCUGGCUCCAACGCAGAUGCCGUGCGAUUGCACUGAGGGCAAGGACGUCAUCUGUCAGCAACGAUGGUGUCAACUUGAGUAGAGAGCAAGAUGGCAUCAUGGGAAGAACCUACAGGGCGGCCGGGAAUCUAUGGCUUACCGUGAAUGGGGAGCAGUGGCUCCGGCAGACCAGCGAUUUGGCGGUGACUCUGUCGGGCGUGUGCCUGUGUGCUUUCUGGACCACACUCCUCUAUCAUCUCUUAUGACAUACAAUGCCCAGCACAGUGACUCAGUAGCCACAGCACGAGCCGCAGACACAACAUAUUGUAAGAGCAUGCAUUUAGGGGAUGAGUUAUAGAACUAUUCGUGUGACACAUUUGGGUUUUGGAGGCAUGUGACUCAUUUUUAGUCGAGAAGGAGACAAAUGCUGCUUUAUCUGUGUGUUGAUAAUGUGUCCUCAGUUACCAUUUUGCCAUUGUUUUGUUUGUGGAGCCUGAAAUAUUUAUCACAGAGUUCAUUUAGUUAUUGCCAACUUGCAGUUUAUAUUGCCUUUGGGAUUGUGGUGCAAAGAGAGAAGAGUGAGCCUUUUCUUUUGUGAUGUUAAAGACCAAUAAAAAU